AUGACAUUGCUCAAGAGGUACGUAUUGAGGCUGUUCAUAUCGUUAAAAUACAUAACAGCAAAUGUCGUGGAUCGAAACAAUGGACGGAUAGUGGCGACUGCAUCGACCGUGGAGAAUGCUCUGAAGAGCACUUUGGAGUGCAACCGCACAUGCAAUGCCAAGUCAGCUGCACUCGUGGGGGAGGUUCUGGCCAUGAGGCUGAGGGUUGAAGGGCUCGAAAAUGGGCAAGGUAGAGGAAUCCACGUGGACAUUGGCAAGGAGAUCGAUAGGAAAGGCCUCCAUAAUCGGACUAAGGUGUGGGCCCUUGUCAAUGCUCUCAAAAACAAUGGCGUCAAGCUGGUUCUUGAGAAUUUGUGA